GAAAAAUAAGUUAGUUUACUACUGGCAACCCGACUUUUGACAAUUGUGGAUAAUCAAUAUAUUUGUUAUUACCAAAGUAAUUACUUUCAUGGUAUAUUUGUAUUAGUGAAUAGAAAUAAGUAAAAAUGCAAACUAGUACAAUGCGCCGCAAGGCCAGCAUAGCUCAGCUGAGCUAUUUGGCUGAGUACAUGAAAAGCCAUAGUGAGAUGGCAUCGAGCAUCAGCCAUAGUCUCCAAGAGCGAGCUAAUUUGGAAACAUUAUGGGAGAAUCUUACCGCAAAGCUAAAUUCUUUGGGGGGGCCAACUAGAACAGUGGCUAAAUGGAAACAGACCUGGCGAGAUUUACGAAAUAACGUCAAAAGGAAGGGAUAUCAUAACAAAAGAGAAUAUCAGGGGUGUGGUCCUGGUAGCACCGAUAAUGGACCUCCGACAAUAAAAAAGGUUUCACAGGUGGAUGAGCAAGUGCUCUCCAUAACGGGCUCCAUGGCUGUCCAUGGUAUGGAAGAGGUUGCCUGUACAGAACCUAUUCUACCUGACGCAAAAUUGACUGGACUGAAAUUGCCGCAACCUUCACUACCUGCUUACCAGGAGAAACAACUAACACCACAAACUGUUGAACAGGAUUUUACAUUUGCUGACCAGAUGACAUCAACAUUGGCCCAGCCUAAAAUAUUUGUCAGUUCACUGCCAGUGCUGCCUGAGCCUUCCCUUCAACAUGCACCAUCACCAAUAAAAAAGCGUAGACGUAUUGUUAAGAGACAGGAUAGUUUUGAUAGUAAACUGCUUCGAAUAGAAGAAGAAAAAUUAAGAAUUAAAAAAGAGAAGAAUGAAAUUUUACACAGGAUGGUGAGUGUUUUAGAAGAUAUUGCCAAUAAAUUAAAAUGAAAUAAAUAUACUUUGAUUUAAAC